AUGUCGACUUCACAUAGAGGGUUGCCCCCUCCUGCAGCUAUGGCGCUCUCUGGUCACUCACCUUCGUCAAAUCUAAACCAACUCCCCGAUCGAUGGCAGCAUGGCUCCGAGGAAACCCAACGAAGCUUUCUCCAGGCCAAGUCGGAUGAAGAAAAGCGGCGGCAGGAGGAAGAGAGAACGAAGCAGGAAAACUAUAGGCUCGAAAUUCGUCGCACCGAGCUUGAAAUGUUGCGGGAAGCUUUUCGGGGAGGGAUACCUCCUCAGCUAGUGCCUAUGAUAUUCACGGGAGGUGGUGGCGCAUUAGCUAGCACAAGUGCAGAAUGGGCAAAUCAUUAUAUAUCACAGCUUAACCAUAACCAACAACAAUUACUUCAGGGCAAUGUGGUUUCACCACCAGAUUCUCGCCUGGAGUCUCGGCUUCUGACCGCUACCGAACACCAAACCCCGAAGUCCAGCGGCCUAUCGUCAAUAUCUCAGACUCCUGCACAGUCUCAGGCAGCUUCCAACGUACCUCCGGGCGCGGCGCACAACCUACAUCACGCCGGCUCCGGAUCCAGCUCCUACUCUCCAUUCGGCUCCUCCGGAUUGGUAGCAACGCGAAACCAUGCACAGCAGAUCCAUACAUCGGAGCCACCAAGGUCGUCCUUACCUCGAAUCAACACGAACGAGAUUCAUGUGCAACCACCACCACAAGGACCGCCUCCUGGUUUAAAUAUGCAGCUUUCAGGCAUACCUCCGCCGUCCCAAACCCCAACACAAAACCUUAUCGCCCAUCAAACUCCACAGAGUCACAUCUCACAAACUGGUCCAUCGGAAUCUCAUAGGCAGCCGGAAUCAUCACCUAUUUUUUUCCACCAUUGGCAGCCUCCUACUACCCAACCCUCGACGUCUGCCCCAGCAACGUCAAUCUCUCCAGCGUCGGGGAAGAAUAUUGAAUCAUCACCCUUCUCGAAUCAGCCUUACGCUUCAGGUAAUGAAUCCUCGCAUUCGCCUAAAAAGCGAAAGCUCGCGAGCGGUGGACAUAGCAUUCACUCCGCUGUUGUCACCGACUCAACGCCGAGCGUACAGGCUAACUCAUUCUCCUAUUUUUCUUCAGGCUCCUCUGGGAAUGCAAAUAAACGACGAGGCGUGAACCCGACUCACAAUCGUCAUCGGAGCGACUCUGGAUCCGCUCGUGGGUAUGAGCCAUAUCCUAAAAAUCUUAAUUCCCGGCCACGGAGAUCAGAUGCAGGUGGUGAUGGGGUUGGGGUUACAGGCCAUUUUUCAAUUUCACAUAUGACAGGCCGUGAGUCGUCCCCCGAAAUAGCUCGGCGAGAGUCAACGACAAAGCCACCAGGCGGUCCGCAUCAAGAAUCACCCCUUUUACAUCAACAAUACCAGGCUGGGCCUGAUAGCAGACUCGAAAGUCACAGACGUAAGGAGAGAGAGGGCUCGGAGAGUCACGGUGGCCCUGCCGGCCGCAAUUGA